GAUACAGCUAUGGAUUUUUCAUACUCAGCAAUAACGCUCUAUACGCUAUCACUUCUUCUAGUUGUAUAUAUGUUUAAAAAGCUAUGGACCUCUGAUGCUCUGGUAGGGAACUUUCCUCCUGGACCCUGGACAUUGCCGGUGAUUGGAAAUCUGCACAUGAUAAAUCUCAAAAGACAGAGUGAAACUCUUACAAAGCUUGCAAGCAAAUAUGGUCCUGUUUACAGCAUUCAAAUGGGCAGUGUGAAAAUGGUGGUGCUGUCCGGGUACGAGACUGUGAAAAGUGCCCUUGUGGACUAUGCUGACGAAUUCGCAGAAAGACCUCAUAUCCCAAUAUUUGAAGAAAUAAAUGAAGGAUUCGGUGUCCCAUUCUCUCAUGGUGAGAACUGGAAAGCAAUGAGAAGAUUCACAUUGUCUACAUUACGAGAUUUCGGAAUGGGGAAGAGGACAAUCGAAGAUCGGAUCAUUGAGGAAUGUGGAUUUCUAAUUAAGAAAUUGGAGUCUCUGGAAGGUAAACCCACUGAUCUGACUAUGAAAACAAAUUCUGCAAUCGGGAAUAUCAUCAUAUCCAUUAUUUUUGGCCACCGAUUCGACUACCAGGAUCCCAAUCUGCACAAAAUAAUGAGAAUUAUAGAUCAAAACAUGAGACUUCUUGGGAGCGCGUCAAUUGCGAUCUAUAACGUCUUACCAUUUUUUCAAUACCUGCACGGUUCACACAAGAAGAUAAUGCGAAACAUUAAGGACUUACAAGCCUUCUUCAAAGUUAAGAUUGCUGAGCAUCUUAAACAACUGGCCAAGGAUGACCAGCGCGGCUUUAUUGAUGCAUUUCUUAUCAAACAGGAAGAGGAAAAAUCUGAUCCCGACACUUUUUUCCAUGAAAACAAUCUUCUGAGCAUCUUAAUAACCUUAUUUAUGGCUGGAACAGACACGACAUCCUCUACUAUACGAUGGGCCAUCUCAAUCAUGACUCUACACCCUGAUCUUCAGAAACGAGUCCAUGAUGAAAUCGACAAAGUGAUUGGAUCAGCCAUACCCAAGAUUGACCAUCGUAAGAAUAUGCCUUACACCAAUGCAGUCAUUCACGAGACUCAGAGAUUUGCCAAUAUUUUACCAAUGAAUCUUCCUCGAGAAACUACAAGAGAUGUUAUUUUUCAGGGCUACCAUAUACCAAAGGGCACAUACAUCAUUCCCCUUCUGGAAACAGUUUUAUAUGAUAAAACACAGUUUGAGAAGCCAGGAUGCUUCUUCCCAGAACAUUUUCUUGACUCAGAGGGACAGUUUGUGAAGAGGUCGGCUUUCAUACCUUUUUCAGCAGGAAGAAGGGUUUGUGCUGGAGAAACACUGGCAAGGAUGGAGUUGUUCCUGUUCUUCACCAGUUUGAUGCAAAAAUUUACCUUUUGUCCGGCAUCGGAGACAACUGACUUCCAUGUGAAACCUUCCGUAGGAUUAGCAAUUCCUCCAAUUUCUCAGGAAAUCUGCUGCGUGCCACGAAUCUGAGGAAAAAAAAUAUUUAACCCCUUAAGGAUGCAGCCCUUUUUCACCUUAAGGACUGAGCCCUUUUUCGCAAUUCUGACCACCGUCGCUUUUCGCAUUAACAACUCUAAAACGCUUUUUACCGAAUAUUCUGAUUUUGAGAUUGUUUUCUCGUGACAUAUUCUACUUUAUAUUGGUGGUAAAUUUUCGUCGUUAAUAUGCAUACGCCCGGCGUCCUGAAGAGGUUAAAGAGAUAUCUGUAUCUGACUCCUCAGAGUAGAGCACUGGUACUGGCACUGGUGAAAAAUCCCAAAAUGUCAUGAAAUUUUUAAAAAUUUAGCAUUUUUCUAACUUUGAAGCUUUCUGCUUGUAA